AUGGGCAACUUGCCACCUUGUAGAUCUCAACAAGAUUACUGUUUUCAACAGGUAGGGAUCGAUUUUGGCGGUCCUUUUCUUAUAAAAGAAAACAGACGACGUAACGCACGGGUCAGUAAGGCUUACCAUACCAUAUGCUUGUUCAUUUGUUUAUCUGUAAAAGCAGUUCAUUUAGAACUCGUAUCUAAACUGUCUACAGAAGCGUUUCUAGCCGCCCUAGACAGAUUCGUGUCUCGACGUGGAACACGUCAACAUAUUGUGACAGAUUUUUUUUUUAUAGGAAAGGGUGACAAACGAGCACACAGUCCACCUGAUGGUAAGUGGUUGCUGUGGUUCAUAGACAUCUACAUCUAUCCUCGAUUACGAUACAAUAUGCAGAUGCAAUGUCACCCGUAA